GCGGAGGCGAGGCGGCGGCAGCCCUUCCUGGCUCUCGGCGCCGACCUGAGCCUGGACAAGCCGGACGCCACCACCGCGGCGUCCUCGACAACCGAGGAGAAGCCGCUGCGGCGCUUCUUCGACGAGUGGCCGCGCGACGGGAACGCCGUCGAGGGUCGGCCCUGGAAUAUGGGCCACCGGGACGAGACGCUGCUCUCCAUGUCCAUCCCCACGACGACGGCCUCGCACCCCGACCUCGCCGCCUACCGCCACCACAACGAUGAAUAAUCAACCAACCGGCGGAUCCCGCUGCUGCAAGAACGCUGCUUCUCCAGUCCAGUCCAGUCCAAUCCAGUCCUUCUGCGCUCCGUCAGAGGAAACGAAGUGAUCGACGAAAACCUAGUGCUAGUACCUGGUGUGAUAUUGUAUCCGGUCGAUGUUAGGGCCGUUUGUUUCCGUGCAAUUUUUCCGUUUGAGCGUCCAGAGCAACCCGACUUCAUCCGUGCUCCGUCCAUGUGAGCUCAAGGUCUAGUCUAGACUCUAGAGUGUAAUAGGAGUACUGGUGCUACUGUAGUCAGGGCACUGGCGCCUUUUUAUUUCGUUA